AUGCUCCCGGAGCUAGACAGCCUCGAGAAGCAGGGCCUCUUUACGCGCGAGGAGAUUAAAGAAAUCGUGCGUCGCCGCACCGCCUUUGAGUACCGCCUCAGGCGCCGCGGCAGCGCGGCGAUUAAGGACGACUAUAUGCGGUACAUAGAAUACGAGAUGCAGCUCGAGGCGCUGCGCCAGCUGCGGAGGAGAGACCCGAAUCGUCGCCAGGUGCCCGCUUCUCACUUUGUCCGCCUAGACCUUCUUGCUUUCCGCCAGCGCGCGGACGGUGUGCUGCGGCGCAAGGGGAAGCAGGGCAGCCGCGAGUGGUACCGGCGGCAGCGCGCGGCGGAGCGCGCGAGUGACGUGGCAGUGAUCAAGCGCGUGCUCUUCAUCUUCUCGCGCGCGACUCGGCGAUUUAAGGGCGACCUGGACCUCUGGAUGCGCUACCUCGACUUCUGCAAGGCGUCCGGGUCGAGGCAGCAGAUGCAGAAGACCAUGGCACGAGCACUGCAGUUGCACCCCACAGAGCCCUCCCUCUGGCUGUACGCCGCAUCAUAUGAAUUCACGCACCGCAUGAACGCGCCUGCUGCGCGCACGCUGCUGCAGCGGGGGCUGCGCAUGUGCUGCCCUCAGCUCCACACUGGGGGAGGCGGGGGGAAGCCGGGGGGAGCCAGGGGAAGCGCGGGGGGCGCAGGGGGCGCUGGAAAAAGGGCAAAGGGAGGGGCGGGCGGAGGGGCGGGUGUGGAGCGGGCAGGUGUGACGAUUUCCGAGGCUGGAAAUAUUUCGAUCGUGCCUGCCCGGGUUUUGGAGGCGUCUCGUCUGUUGUGGAGCGAGUAUUUGCGCAUGGAGCUUGUUCAUGCGAGGAAGCUUAAAGCGAGACAGCUACUACUGGGGAUAGAGACGGAGGAAGGGGGUGGGCAGGGUGGAGGGGAGGGGGAGGGCGGGGAAGGGAAAGAGGCAGAAGGGGGAGAGGGAGUGGAAGGUGGGGAGGGCCCGGAGGGGGAAGGGAUGGAGCAGGAAGAGGACGGGAAGGAGGGGAACGAGGAGGCGGAGGGAGAGGAGGUUGGGAUGGGUGAGGGGAAGGGGGAUGGUAAAGGGGAUGGUAACAGUGGGAAGGAUGGGAGCAGUGGGAAGAAAGGGAGCAAAGGGAAGAAAGGGAGCAGCAAACCGGUUUCGAGUGAUGAGCUGGCAGUGCAGGUGGCGACAGUGGUGUGCCGCACCGCAAUCAAAUCGAAUCCCAAAGAUCUGCUGCUGCGCGUGGCGCUGCUGGAAGCCCUGCGAUUGGGCGGCGGGCAAGCAGAGGCAGAGGCGGAAGAGGAGGAGGAAGAGGAAGAAGAGGAGGAGGAAAAGGAGGAGAAAGUGGAGGAAGGUGAGAGAGAGCAGGAAGGGAAAGAAGGGCAGGAGAACGAACAGGGGGAGAGGGCAGAAGGAGAGGAGGAGAAGGGGGAAGCAAGCGCUAAGGCAGCAGGCACGGAAGGGGGGCAAGGAGCAGAGCAAGGGGAGGGAGCACGGAGGAAGGCGGGGCGGGCGCGGAGGCGGGUGGUAGAACUGAAGGGGUUGGAUGCGGUGGAGGAGGAGGUGUGUGGCGGGCUGGCGGCCGCCUUCCCUGAGAGUGCCACGGUGCUUGAGGUGCUGGCUAGGCGGUGCCUACGGCGGGGAAGGAAGGCGGCGGAAACAGAAGAGGAGGCGGAGCAGGCUGCGCUGAAGGUGAGCGGGUGGUGUGAACUGGGUGGUGCUGGGUUGCAGUCAGCGGCCUUCCCUGAGAGUGCCACCGCACUCGAGGUCCUGGGUGGACGGUGCUUGCGGCGGGGAAGGAGAGGGGCGGGAGCGGAAGAGGAGGUGGAGAAAGCUGCAUUGAAGGAGUGGACUUUCUCAUGCGUGCGGCUGCCUGCCCCCUCGUGUGGCCCCUACAUUGAAACCCGUGCUCUGCAGGUGUUUGAAGACGCGUUGGAGAGGCACAAGAGCGAGCAGCAGGCGCCCUCCUCGUUCUCGCCGCUGUGCUGCGCCUAUCUCGACUUUCUCAUGCGCCUGAUCACCGGGGGGAAGGCGUAUGGGGAGGAGGGCGAGGGGGGGGAAGGGGGAGAGGAAGGAGAGGGGGAAAAACGCGAGCAGGAACCAAUGGAAUGUGAGGAAGCAGAGGGAGAGAGGGAAGGAGAGAGAGAUGGGCUGCCAUUGGCCGAUCUGGUGUGCCGAGCCAAUGCAGCCAUGGCUCUGGCAGAGGUUCGGGGGCUAGGUUCGGACGAGCCAAUCGUUGAGCGCCACGUGGCGCUGCUGCUGCGCGCAGGGCGAGCUGGCGAGGCGCUAGAAGCUGCGAGGAAGGUUCUGGGAGCGAGCGGAGGGGUGGUGAUGCCAGGCCUGUGGGCUCUGGGAAGGGAAGCUGAGAGGAAAUUGCAGAGGGUAGGGAGAACGGUGGGGACUGAUGUGACAAAAGCAGCAGGAGGAGCAGCAAGAGGAGGAGGAGGAGGGGGAGGAGCAGUGGGAGGAGGCAUGCAGUUAUCAGGACCAGUGCGCAUUGUGAAUUGGCGCCAUCCCAAGCUGGGGGAUUACUGGAUGCAGGUGCGUGUGCUGCAUGGGAUGGUGAGUGGCGGGGAGGGGUUGGAGUGGGGUUGCGAGCUCUGUUUGGAGGAGAGCGUGUUUGCGUCACGAGGAAGGAGUGAGAGCACCAGAGCAGUUAGUCAUUCAGCCGCUUCAUCUCUGCCCCUCUAUUCUCCCUCCCUCACGCUCUCCUCCUCUCUCCUUCUCUCCUCCUCCCUCCUGCUCCUCCCAAAGCAGCAAGUAGAGGCAACACCAAGCCUGGCAUCGCUGCAAGCCACAGUGGACUCGCUUAUCACAGCAGCAGCAACCAUCGUCUCUCCCACCGCUGGGGGUGGUGUUUCUGCCGCACCUGCAUCGUCCUCCCUCUGCGCCUCGCCUGCUGCCGCCAGCACUGAGGAGUCCUCAUCAUCAUCAUCAUCACAUGCCAAGGGUCUAGUGGCAGCGGUGCAGUGUGCCGCCCUUGAGACUGCCAGGAGGCGCUUCGGCAUCGCUGUCGCCCGCCAGCUGUACGCCAGGUUCUUCUCGCUCCCAUUCGCCUCAGAGCGCCUCUUCCUGAGCGCCAUUCAAAUGGAGCGCGAUUGGCAGGCGGAGCAGAGCGGGAAGAGGGGGAGUGGGCGGGGGAGUGGUGGAGGGGGGGAAGGGCGGGUGGAGCGUCUGUUUGAGUCGGCGUUGCAGCGAUUCGGUGCCGCCAGUGCGGAUCUCUGGCUGGCGUACUGCCAAUACGCGCUUGAGGUGAACGACACGGGGCUGCCUUCGUCCAUCCACUGGAAGGCUCGCUCGCCCCUUGCUGCCGGAUGCAGCCGGGUAGACUCACUCAGAGCCUCUCCCUCCCUCCCUUCCCCCCUUGUGCUGCUGGCUGCCCCCUCACCCACCUCCCCAAUUCCUCACACAGGUGAACGACACGGGGCUGCUCUCGACCAUCCACUGGAAGGCCCGUCAUGCCUUGCCUGA